AUGGGGCCCGCUCCCGCGAGGCUUCCCCUGGCCUCCAUCGUCGCCAUGUCGAUCGUUCUUUGUUGUUACAUGCUAGUACACCACGGCGCCAAUUCGGAGGAAGUUUUCCCGGAGGCUGACGGCCCGGCAGCAGAAAAUUCAGACGAGCUGUGGCUCAGGUCCGGACCGCCGCCGAGGGUCGUCGACGUCGACGACUACGCAACCGGAGAUGCCGGCGGCGAUGACGACACCGAGGCGUUUCUCGCGGCGUGGAGCGAGGCCUGCAACUCCUCCGAUGACCGGUCCGUGUUCCUCGUGCCCGAGGGCAAGUCCUACCUCCUGAUGCCCGUGAUCUUCCGUGGCCCCUGCAGAGCUGUCUCUAUCACUGCAAUGAUAAAGGGAACGCUGGAGGCGCCGUCCAACCGAUCGGUCUGGCUGGAUCACAAUCUGCAGGAGUGGAUCACCUUCGAGGGCAUCGAUCGCCUCCGUGUCCUCGGCGGCGGCACGCUCAAUGGCAACGGGCUGCAGUGGUGGAUCAACUCGUGCAAGCUCAACAAAUCAAUGCGAUGCGUCACCGGCCCGACGGCACUGUACUUCAGGAGGUGCACCCACCUGGUCGUGGAGGAGCUGGAGGUGAGAGACAGCAUGCAGAUGCACGUCGCGAUCGCCUACUCGUGGAACGUUGUCGUGUCGAAGCUGUUCAUCACUGCGCCCGGGUGGAGCCCCAACACCGACGGCAUCCAUGUGUCCAACAGCAGGGAAGUGUCCAUAAGCAACUGCACCAUCAGCACGGGUGAUGACUGUAUAUCCAUUGUGACUGGCUCAAUGUUUGUACGGGUAACCAGCAUAUUUUGCGGACCGGGCCAUGGAAUAAGCAUUGGUAGUCUAGGAGCAAACAACUCUUGGGCCCAUGUCUCUGACGUCCUCGUUGAGAAAGCCACGCUGCUGGGCACUACCAACGGUGUUAGGAUCAAAACUUGGCAGGGAGGACAUGGCUAUGCUGAAAGAAUUAGCUUCCAAGAUAUAUCAAUGCACAACGUUACUAACCCAAUAAUUAUCGAUCAGAACUACUGUGACUCCAAAAGACCUUGUCAUGAACAGGGAUCGGCGGUUGCCGUACGCAAUAUACGCUACAGAAACAUACAUGGAACUAGUGCUUCAAAAGUCGCCAUCAAUUUUAUUUGCAGUGGCGCUCUGCAUUGUGAUGGUAUAUUGAUGCAAGAUAUUUAUUUGGUUGGAGAAGGAAGAUACGCUACAUGUUCUUAUACGAACGCCACAGUUGUACAAUUUGGGUAUAACGUCCCUUUUUGCAGUGCAGAAAUGUAG